AUGUCCAGUAUAUCAAUCGCUACAUUAGAAGUUUUUUCACCUGAAAUAUUUGUUCAAAUAUUUUCGUAUAUGAAUGGCUAUGAUAAUUAUAAAGCAUUCUAUGGUCUUAAUCAUCAUUUAUCAACAUUAGUAUUAACCUAUGGCAUCAAAUAUAUCGAUCUAAGCAAGAUAACAUUCAAUGAAAGUCGAAAGAUGUUUUCAACUAUAAAUUGUUCACAUGUGAAUACUCUUAUAUUAUCGAAUGAAUAUUACGAUGAACAGAUCGAUCGAAUUUUAGAUAACAGUUAUGUUCCAUUGAAAAAUAUGGUUACUUUAAAUGCAUUAAUGCUUGAUUCGAUUGGAUUAUAUACAAUGCAUACAAUUAGUCAACAACAUUUUCAGUUAGAUAAUCUUAAAUCAUUAAUAAUAUCAUUUCGAUCGGAUUUGUGUAAAGAAAAAGUAUUAGAUAUGUACGGAGCUAUUCUUUAUAAUUUUAGUUCUCGUUUUAAAUCAUUAACAUACUUAUUUUUAUCGGCAUCAAGAGAUAAUGAAAUUAUUUGUCGUAAUGACUUAGUAUCACUUAAUCAUUCUCUAUUGUCAACAGAAAUAUCUCCGACUGUACAACGUUUAUUUUUACAUCACAUACAAAUUAAUGAUAUAGAAAAUAUACUUUCAUAUUUUUCAAAACUCCGUUAUUUAGAUGCAAAUAUUAGAUUAAAAGAACACAUUAUUGAUUAUCCUUUAUCAUUAAAUUUAAUUGCUUGUGAUUUAUCAGUACGUUCAACUGCACUAGAAUUACUUGUUUAUUUAUUAAAACAAUGUCCGAAUUUAGAAAAAUUAACACUUUCUUUUUCUCCAACAAAUUAUGCUGACUUAGAUUGUAAUCAAUGGGAAAUUUUAAUUGAGAAAAAUUUAUUAAAACUUAAACAAUUUACAUUAUAUAUACUUUUAUUUCAUACUGAAAUAAAUAUCGCUCGAGUUUUAGUUGAAGAUAAAUUUUUAGAAAAGCAAUUUUGGUUAGAUAGAAAAGCAAACAUUGAAUUUAUUGAUGGAGAAUCAACAGAUGAUGAUGAUUUUAAAACAAAAAUUAUGAUUGAAUUUUCAAUUUAA